GUCAGAAUCAGUUCGAAAAAGUCAGUCUUAGUGAGGAGAACACACCCAUCAAGCUAGUGGACACAGUUUUCCAGGAUAUACAAGGAUUACCGGAAUGCGUCGAUCUGUUUUGCUGCUCCUAAUCUCCGCCAUUGUGCUGAGUGCGGCACUUGCUCUGCCAGCGAAUUGGAAGGAGUCCGAGUCCGAGUCCGAGUAUCAUGAUUAUAAUGAGCUAUCGGAGCAGCAGGAUCUGAACAGCAGUAUCGAGAAAGCUAUCAGCAAGCGAGCUGCCAAGGACACUAGUAACAGCACGGACGAUGAUGAGCUAACGGAUGGGGGCAAUGAGGAUGUUAACGAUAAAAGGGACAGCUCAAUGGAAUCCUCUUGGGUGGGGGAACAUAUGCUGAUCGUGGCAUCCGAGGAAGAAGCGGAGUCCGCUGUCAGAAGGCGCAGGUCUGGUGAGAGGAACAGGAACUUAUCGCUCCUGGCCACGAUUUGCCCAUAUGCUGAUUUCAGCCAAUUGGAGAAUGGUAUUACCUUAAAUUCUAGAAUUGAAAUCAGUGAUAUGUAUGCGAUUUGUAAAACUCUACCAGAGUCCGGUCGGGCACACCCAAUACAACAUUCCAGCGAUUAAAUAAAAGCAAACCAAAAUUCCAAGAACUUCAAAAUUCUUAUGAAAUUUCCAGUUUUCAUAAGUUUCCCUCAGUCAUGAGACCCUGACCCAUUAGUCAUCUACUUCAUUAUCAGUAAAACCAUCCUUAUCACGACAGCAGUCGUCAAAGUUGUCUAACCUCAGAGCAAAAAUGUAAGCUUCAUGAUUGUUUACGCAUUUAAAUUUAUGCUGUACUCAUGAGGACUAAAAAUAAAGUUAACAUUACAACCAA